AUAUAUUUGUGUUCAGCCUUAACAUGUGCGUGUUUGUUAAAGGAGCAGCUGAGACCUCGGGAGUGCUGGUAUGAUUUCGUACUGUAAAGUUCACCACUUGUUUCUUGUGCCUGUUGCAGUGCGGCACAAUCGAGACACCAUUGCUAAGGGCAGCACUGACCCGAGCAAGACGACAACAGGACUGAUCACUAUCGACUGGAACAGAGGAGACAAAGAAGAAAAGGAGGAGAAAAAAGAAAAGAAACAAGAGAAAACAGAGAAGAAAGACAAGAAGAAAAAAGAGAAAACAGAGAAGAAAGAGAAGAAGAAAAAAGAAAAGAAAAAAGACAGCAAGAAACAGAAAGGGGAAAAUAAAGACAAAAAGAACGGGAAGAAAUAAAUGAAAGUGAAGAAAGGGAAGAGAUGAUUGAAAGGAAGUGAUAAAUGCACAAGAUCUGCGCAGAGAGAAGGAACUCUCGUGCUCAGACCAGCUUAUCUGUUUACUAAAACUUUCAUGAAAGCUGCAGCUCUUAUGAAUGCACAUCCAAAUGAAGCAUUACUUUUGCAGUAAUAAUGCCAGUGCUAUAUCAACUAAGGCAGUCAUAUAAAUGACAGAAUCACUGGUUAUGUUCCCGCUGUGGAUCCAGUUACAAACCGGUAAUUGUGUGUUCCAAGCAGAGCUUCCCCAUGCGUGCAGUAGAGGGCAGCAUUGCUUUUUUGGUAAGCAAAUCCUCUGUGUUACCUGCUGAAAAUUCCAAACCACUACUGCUGAACAAUAAGAGAUGUGUGAAUUAGAACACACUCGUAGUGGUUUCUUACGGGCACCCAGCAUGCAGUAUUUAAACCCCUGCAAUUCGAUUCCUUUAAAAGUGUGGACCGCAGCUUUAGAAUUCUGCAGUGAAGGAAUUUUGAAUUACAGUCUUAUGAAAGACCAACCUGCUGUUUUCUUAUAUAAUAUAUAUGUGAGGCCUUGGGCUUGUUUACUUUGUGUUGUAGCGCGUUGAAUAAUGGCAGUAGAUGAGUGGAAGUAUCUGAAGCGUUCAAACUUCAUUUCUUUCUGCUUUUACUGUCUCAUUACUCUUUGUUAAAUAUAUACAAUGCUAUAUGUUUUUACCCAC